UUCAAUCAGAGGCCACAAUUUUUCUUCCUUCGUUCAUAUCUUCAAAUCCUUCUCCUAUAUAUAUAUGGUUCAGUCUUCCCCUUGAGUGUUCAGACAGCAAGAAAAAACUUGAAAGAGAGAAGAAAUGGCAGGCAGUGUAUUCUCAAUUAGGAGUUCAAAGCUUCGAUCAUGGGGGAGGUGUUCCAAACAAGUUCGCCAGCAGAGGACACGGCUUUACAUAAUCUGGAGAUGCACUGUGUUACUCUUGUGCUGGCACGAUUGAAGUUGAAGAAAUGGAAGAACAUGUGAGAGUUGUAUUGCAUAAUAGGGAGAGUUUAGGUGGCUAUAUGAAGCAGAAGUUCCUGCUCAACAUGUAAAUUUAGAAACUAGCCUGUUUAUAAUUAAUUCAAAAUUAAGACACAUCUCAGCCUCUCUCAUGUUUUGUGUUUUUUAUAUCACACACACUGACAUAUAUGCAUUGCCUUUGCUUUUUAGUUUUAUCACUUCUGCGUCAUUUCUUUCUGUCAAAAACAUUAUAUAUAGCUUCUUUGUCAAUUGAUGAUGACAUGACCCACUUCACGAUCAUGCUGCUGUAGAAAAUCUCAUCUUAAAUCACUUCUUUCUUUGUCUAUAGAAAUUGUUUUA